AUCAUUCACCUUCGUUGAAAGUUGAAACCCUCCUCUCUAUCAUUCUAUUCUAUAUAUCUACCAUUUUUCCACUCUCCAAUUCACUCAAUCUCAAUCUCAAUCUCAAUCUCAAUCUCAAUCCUCUUCUAAACAAUUUCAAUCUUCUUCUUCUAAACAAUCUCAAUUUCAAUCUUCUCAUCAUCAUCUUUCUCAAAUGGCCAACCCUGAUGAAGUCUGUGCCCUUUACCGCAUCAAACUGCACCUCCUCGGCGAACUCUCUCCCAUCCCGAUCCGCACCACCCACACCCACGACGACGACUUCGCCUUCCAGUUCGAUCUACCAAACCCUAACUCAUCCCAAUCUCAAUCUCAAUCUCAAUCUUUCACUUCCGAUCCAAUCUUCGAAUUCGACUGCAAACCCAUAAUAUUUGACAUAGAAACCGAAUCUCCUAAACCUAUACCCGUCCACAAGAAGCAACCUGCACUCAGUCGACGAAAAUCGCUCGAGAUUUCUCUUCCCAAGAAAACAACCGAGUGGAUCCAGUUCGGGGAAGUAGCACCAGAGCCUUCUGAAGCUUCAGCGAAGCCUGAGGUGGAGGUGGAGAAGAAGCACUACAGAGGAGUCCGUCAAAGACCGUGGGGCAAGUUCGCCGCCGAGAUCCGGGACCCGAACAAGCGCGGAUCUAGAGUUUGGCUCGGAACAUUCGACACCGCCAUCGAAGCCGCCAAAGCCUACGACCGAGCCGCGUUUACCUUUCGCGGCUCGAAGGCGGUUCUCAACUUCCCGCUUGAAGCCGGUGUCGUUGACCGGAAGCACAGUCGUGAGGAGGAGGCGGAGGAAGCGGUGAAGAGGCAAAAGACGGUGGAAUCGGAGAUUAUUAACCGUAUAAGGGAUACUCUGUUAACGCCACCGUCUAGCUCCGGUGAUGUGAAGGGUUUAUUCACGGUGGAAUCGGAUAUUAAUAGGAUAAAGGAAACGCCGUUAACGCCGUCUAGCUGGACUGGGUUCUGGGACAAUUUCACGGUGGCGCCUUUGUCGCCGUUAUCUCCCCACCCAGCUUUGGGAUUUCCGCAGCUAAUGGUUGUGUGAAAUUGCAAAUUGUAAUUUUGUUUAUCAAAUUAAAUUGCAAAUUGCAAUUUAAUUUUGUUUAUCAAAUUAAAUUAGUUUGUUUAUUUUUCUCUAUCUUUGACUCUUUGCUCUUCAUGAGGAUCCUGUUAAUUAAUUGUAAAAUAAAAGUUGACAAUGUCAAAUUUCAGCA